UAUGCAGUUCUACAUCAAACUGUAUAAAAACUCUCAUUAUGUGCUCGCCUGUGUUGUUGCAGGGCUGAAUUUUUAUUAUUGCUAGAGAAUAUGCACAUAGCUGCCCGCGCGCGCGUGAGGAAACGAGGAUACCCUGCUGCAGCCGCUGCACGAGAGGGAGAGAGAGAGAGAGAGAGGGAGAGAGAGGGGGACUCUGCCGCGCUUUCAUCAUUAUAAUCACCAUCCUAAGUACUAGCUCUUAACAUUUUGUUUUUCGGUGUUCAGGCGAGAAGUGACAAGAAUAUAGACCCCUCCUCUGCAGGGCGGAGCGUGCAUUUUCAUUUCGUAUUUUGUAUUUUUUUUUCCAGGUUUUUUUUUUCCUGCCCUGUUCCCUGCUCUGACACGUCUGCACUGAGUGAGUGGCAUUGGCACACUGUCAAUCGCUCACUCCCGCUGCCAUCAAACAACAUAAAACACACACAGGCAGAGGCUGGAGCUCAUAAAUUUCAGCAGGGCAAGAUAUUUUUUGCGCAUCGCCUUUAUACAGCGUUGUAUCCUAAUUAAUUUCUCCUCGCUGUUGCGUGUUGUUUUUUUUUUUCUAAAACAUAUCUCCCAACUUUUUUGUACAUUUCAUAUUUUUCUAUAGUCACAUUUGGACACCUUAUGCUACAGAUUGUGUAUUUUUUUUAAAAAAUGCUUUCACUUGUCGCGGGAAUCAUUUCUGCACAUUUAUAGUUGGCAACACCUGCAAGCCUAAGAUUGUUUUUUUUUUUAUUUGUUUACACCUUUCCACGUUGGAUAUUUUUAUUUUUUGCUACGGCUGCUCCGAGGCGAGGAUUUGGACAUUUUCUGGAGGAAAUGCGCCGGGAAUCCCACGAAGAGCGCUAAUAAAUGAGAGAUCACCAAGGAGCGUUUCUGUCCACACCAGCCGUCAAUUCCCAGAGAAUAAAUAGACAGAUUGGUAUGAGGACUCGUGCGGGAUACGAUGGAACUUCAAUUUUGACAAACAAGUUUUAAGAAGAAGGAGAAGAAGAAUAAGAAGACGAAGAAAAAAAAAGAAGAUUUAUGCGUUUUUCUACAAACACAGCCACGCGUUUUGGCACUUUGGAUCACGCGUAAAAACAGCGAGAGGAUCGCAAGAACUUGGACACAAGAUUUACGCCAAAACAUCACUGCUUAUAGCCUUUAUUUAGGAAAAAAAAUAACAAAAAAAAAAGAAAAAGAAAAAGAAGCCGUGCGUGCGCGAUUUCGCUGUGAAAUACCCCAAACGUGAAUACCCCUCGUCUGCAGCACAUGUUUUAGCCCAUUUCGUAUAUGAGUUUUUCAAUUUGUGUGGCUCAGUGCACAGACUCUUUAGCGGCUACCAUGGACGAUCAAGCCCGGAUCAUGCAGUCGAUCGGCGGCGUGAGUCUGGCCGGCCACUCGGUACAGGGAGGCAUGGCACUGCCGCCUCCGCAUGGACACGAUGGGACAGACGGAGACGGAAGAAAACAAGACAUUGGUGACAUUCUGCAUCAAAUAAUGACCAUAACUGACCAAAGUCUGGACGAGGCGCAAGCAAAAAACAGGAAACAUGGACUGAACUGUCACAGAAUGAAACCAGCACUCUUCAGCGUUCUCUGUGAAAUCAAAGAAAAGACAGGUCUCAGCAUCCGCGGCGCCCAGGAGGAAGACCCGCCAGACCCGCAGCUCAUGCGUUUAGACAACAUGCUGCUGGCGGAGGGAGUGGCGGGGCCAGAGAAAGGCGGCGGAUCCGCCGCCGCCGCAGCUGCUGCUGCGGCCUCGGGCGGAGCGGCCGACAACUCCAUCGAACAUUCCGACUACAGAGCCAAACUGACCCAAAUCAGACAGAUCUACCACACGGAGCUGGAGAAAUACGAACAGGCGUGUAACGAAUUCACCACCCAUGUGAUGAACCUGCUGAGGGAACAGUCUCGCACGCGGCCCAUCUCUCCUAAAGAGAUCGAGCGCAUGGUGGGAAUCAUCCACCGUAAAUUCAGCUCCAUCCAGAUGCAGCUGAAGCAGAGCACCUGUGAGGCUGUCAUGAUCCUCCGUUCCAGAUUCCUCGAUGCCAGGCGGAAAAGGCGAAACUUCAGCAAGCAGGCAACAGAAAUUUUGAAUGAAUAUUUCUACUCGCACCUCAGCAACCCCUACCCGAGCGAGGAAGCUAAAGAGGAGCUGGCCAAGAAGUGCAGCAUCACAGUUUCCCAGGGGGUGGGAAGCACCAUCACAGUAUCACAGGUAUCCAACUGGUUUGGCAACAAACGGAUCCGGUACAAGAAAAAUAUCGGCAAGUUUCAGGAAGAAGCCAACCUGUAUGCCGCCAAGACUGCUGUAAAUGCGGCACACGCUGCAGCCGCUGCAGUGCAGAACAGCCAGGCCAACUCCCCUACCACACCUAACUCCGGAUUCCAGAUGAAAGAUGAAGAGUUUCAGCUGGAUUCUGCAGAGAGCAAAAACACUCUUUUAAGCAACAUGUUUACUGGUUCUUCAGGUUCUUUUAACCUCCCAAACUCUGGGGACAUGUUCUUGAGCAUGCAGAGUCUGAAUGGGGAUUCUUACCAAGGGGCACAAGUCGGAGCCAAUGUACAGUCACAGGUGGAUACCCUGCGCCAUGUUAUCAGUCAGACGGCAGGAUACAAUGAUGCUCUGGGGGGGAACACCAUGUACAGUCCACAUGGCUUAAAUGCUAAUGGGGGAUGGCAAGAUGCGACGACUCCGUCUUCUGUAAUAUCUCCGACAGAAGGGCCUGGAAGCGUGCACUCCGAUACCUCGAAUUGAUCCGCUACUCAUGCAUCUUUGCCUCAAAAGCAGGGCAUGGACUUUUUAAACAAGGCUGACCAACUGCAGAGAAUAAUUUAAAAUGUAAACUUUGACAAUAGAAUUGGUUUUUCCUAUUCCUU